AUCUCGUCUCCAAAAGGUCUCUUUGCUAUAGUUGCGAUUUUAGACAUGGGUCUGUUUACUCUCAUGGUGACUUUUCUCUGCACCAUCGUGCUGCCGGUUUUACUCUUUCUCGCCGCUGUUAAAUUAUGGGAGAUGUUCAUGAUUCGGCGUGUAGAUCCGAACUGUGCUAGUCCGUUGCCACCGGGCACAAUGGGUUUACCCUUCAUUGGAGAAACUCUCCAGCUCAUCCUCCAGAGAAGGAAAUUCCUAAGGAUGAAACGCCAGAAAUACGGAUGCAUCUACAAAACGCAUCUCUUCGGCAACCCGACUGUCAGGGUGAUGGGUGCAGAUAACGUGAGACAGAUUUUGCUGGGUGAACACAAACUGGUCUCGGUUCAGUGGCCAGCAUCUGUCAGAACUAUACUGGGCUCUGAUACACUAUCCAAUGUUCAUGGCACUCAGCACAAAAACAAGAAAAAGGCGAUCAUGAGAGCUUUUUCAAGAGAUGCUCUUCAGCACUACAUUCCUGUGAUCCAACAGGAGGUGAAGAGCGCUAUUCAAGACUGGUUGCAAAAAGAUGGAUGUGUGCUGGUUUAUCCGGAGAUGAAGCGUCUCAUGUUCCGGAUCGCCAUGAGAAUCCUGCUCGGCUUUGAGCCAGAACAAAUCAAGACGGACGAGGAGGAAUUAGUGGAAGCUUUCGAGGAAAUGAUCAAAAACUUGUUCUCCCUGCCUAUCGAUGUUCCUUUCAGUGGCCUGUACAGGGGUCUGAAAGCACGGAAUUUCAUUCAUUCCAAAAUCGAGGAGAACAUCAGGAAGAAAAUUCAGGAUGACGAUAACGAAAAUGAGCAGACGCACAAAGAUGCUCUUCAGCUGUUAAUUGAGAACAGCAGGAGAAGUGACGAGCCAUUUAGUUUACAGGCAAUGAAAGAGGCAGCAACUGAGCUUCUGUUUGGAGGUCAUGAGACCACGGCCAGUACUGCAACCUCGCUGGUCAUGUUCCUGGGACUGAAUCCAGAUGUGGUGCAGAAGGUCAGAGAGGAGCUUCAGGAGAAGGCCGAAAUGGGACUCUAUUCACCUGGAAAGAGCCUUAGCAUGGAGCUGUUGGAACAGCUGAAGUACACCGGAUGUGUGAUUAAAGAAACUCUCAGAAUCAAUCCACCGGUGCCUGGAGGUUUCAGAGUAGCACUCAAAACCUUUGAACUUAAUGGUUACCAGAUUCCAAAAGGUUGGAAUGUCAUUUACAGCAUUUGCGACACACACGACGUAGCCGAGGUUUUUCCGAACAAAGACGAGUUCCAGCCGGAGAGAUUCAUGAACAAAGGCUUGGAAGACGCUUCCAGGUUUAACUACAUCCCAUUCGGAGGUGGUUCCAGGAUGUGUGUGGGCAAAGAGUUUGCCAAAGUGUUACUCAAGAUCUUUUUAGUCGAGUUAACGCAGCAAUGCAACUGGAUUCUUUCCAACGGACCCCCGACUAUGAAAACUGGCCCGACGGUUUAUCCAGUGGACAAUCUGCCUACUAAGUUCAGUAGUUACGUUAGAAAUUAAUUCAGAAAUUACUCAGACUAUGAGUUUGUACAUAUAUAAAUAUACAUAUAUAUAUUUUAGAUGAGCUGUCAUGUAUUUGACACUUUAUAUUUUGUUUAUAUGAAAGAUGUGUAUAUAGGUUUAUUCAAGAAAACAAAGGCACUAUUUCGUGGAUCACUGUCAAAUUCUAUAACGUUUCUGUGAUGUAUAUUUGUAAUGUCUUAUAACUUUUUCUAUUGUA